AAUGAAGGUAAGUUCUACCACCGUCGCUCGGAACAUCCUUAUCUGCUGGCCCUCCGCUUGGCUACCAACAAGAAGAAGAAGAAGAUUACUUUGACUCUGAGAGCGAUGAUCCAGAUCCAGACAGAUUUGUGAACUUCAGCUUGCUAUCGCAUUUGGCCGUCCGCAUGCGCGACAAGGUGCCUUGCGGUACCCAAGUGAAAAGCAGCAUUCCUUACUCUCGUGCAUUCACUGGCAAGGACAUCAUCGUAAUCUACCGUUCAAAGUCAAAUCCAACGCUCAAUCAUGGUGUUUUGACCACUGAUCGCCAUGCUGCCCUCCAGGUCGCUAUGGUGUCGAGGACGUGUAUAUGUUCCUGGAUGAUCUCGAGGGCAAUUCUGAGGCUCGCUGAGAGAGAGAAGAGCUGCUGGCAGCAGUCGUCACUUCACUCACUCGGUGCUAUGCAUCGGGUUGCAGUGGGGACGACUUCGGAUAUCACUCUCCAUCUCAUGUUCAUUCAUCCCGCCGCGAUACAGCAUUGUCCUCACUCUCCGAGUAUAGUGACGACUCAGAGCCUGACGACCACGUGUUCAUCCUGCCAUCACGUAACCCGCAGAAUCAGCAUGGGGUGUGUGGCAUCGACGGCCUCUUGAACUUAUCUUGCUGCGCGUGAAAUCUAUAUCUCCCGUAUCUCUCUUCCUUUUGAAACCAUACGAUGUACUACUUCUACGUGUCCCAGAGCCUCAUCAUAUACU